GAACUCAGAUGAGAGAGGGUCAAUCUAAAGAAACUGCAAGUGCACCAGAGGGAGUUAGUGUCCUUAGAAGAAAUUCAGAUGAUGUGGGAUGGGAGUAUGGGGUUCUUGUUGAUAUAAACAAUAAGGACAAGGUAAAGUGCAUACUGUGUGACAAGCAAAUGUGUGGAGGGGUUUAUCGGUUGAAGCAACAUAUCGCCCAGGAAGGAAAGAAUGCGAAGAAAUGCCAAGGCAUGAAGACCACCAAAGAGAAGUUGUUGGAGGCUCAAGAAAAGUGCAAGAAAGCACUAGAUGGAGCAAAAAGGAAAAGGGAGGUGAAGACUGUUCGUGAGCUAGAACUUAGAGAGGAAGUUCAUGUGUCUAGGGUUGGAGGAUCAGAAGAAGUGACUUGUGUUGGAAGUUCAGAGCCUCACAAAUUAGGCCCCAUGGACAAAUGGACAAAAGCUAUUGAUCCUACAACAACCAAAUCUGAAUCUUUGACUCAACAGAGGCUGAACAGGGAACUUUGGAAAGAAAGAUUACAUGAGGUGCAUAAAUAUAUUGCAAGAUGGGCCUUUAACCAUGCAAUAUCAUUCAAUGCAUGUGACAACGAUGAGUUCAAGCAAAUGUGUGAAGCAAUUGGACAAUUUGGGCCUGGAAUUGAACCUCCAACUAUGUUUGACCUGCGAGGGAGAUUGUUGGAAGAAGAAUAUGCAAGAACCAAGAGUUUGCUGCAAGAACGUGAAGCCGAGAAGAUGAAGAAUGGGUGCUCUAUUAUGACCGAUGCUUGGUCAGAUAAGAAGAGGAGAAGCGUAAUGAAUGUGCGCACUAAUUGUGCUGAUGGAACUAGUUUUAUUUCCUCAAAAGAGAUGUCAGAUGUGUCACACACAAGUGAAGUGAUCUUUGAACUAGUGGACAAAGCAAUCGAAGACAUUGGUCCAGAUGAUGUGGUGCAAGUUGUGACUGACAAUGCUUCUAACAACAUGGGAGCAAAGAAGCUACUGCAUGUGAAGAGACCACAUAUCUUUUGGACCUCUUGUGCAACUCACACAAUUAACUUGAUGCUCCAAGGAAUUGGCAACAUGCCUCGGUUCAAGAAGAUGAUUGACCAAGCAAAGGCAUUUACCAUAUUUGUCUAUGGGCACACAAGAACACUAGAGUGCAUGAGAUACUUCAUUGAGGGGAAAGAGAUAGUAAGGCCAGGAGUGACUAGGUUUGCUUCAAACUAUCUAACUUUGGACAACAUACAAGAGAAGAAGGACCAACUAAGAAAGAUGGUGGUUCAUAGUAGGUGGAACUCACUGAAGGAUGUGAAAUCAAAGAAGGGAAAAAAUGCCACAACAACUAUAUUGAAUCCAACCUUUUGGAAGGAUGUGAAAUUGACAUUGGCAGUUUUUGCGCCAUUGUUCAAAGUUCUCCGUUUGGUUGAUGGAGAUGUGAAGCCAUCCAUGGGCUUUGUAUAUGGAGAAAUAUUGAAGGCAAAGAGACAUGUCAAAGAGGCCCUUGGCAAUGUUGAGAACCGUUUCAAGGAUGUUGUUGCUAUUAUUGACAAGAAGAUGGCUGGAAGACUUGAUUCUCCAUUGCAUUUGACAGCUUAUUUGCUGAAUCCACACUACAGUUAUGCUGACCCAUCAAUCUUUGGUGUUCCCAAAAUAACAGAAGGUUUUAUCAAUUGUGUGGAGACUUUUUAUUAUCAUGACGACGAAAUGCAAGAACAAGCAGCCAACAUCGAACUCCAGAAGUUUCAGAAUAGAGAAGGUCCAUUUAGCAAGAAGCUUGCAAGGACUUUUGAAAACUUUGAUUAUAAUCCAGGUAACAACUGUUUGUAA